CGCCCCCGCCCUGACCCCGCCCCUUCCGGUGACCGUCAGGGACAUGAUGGCGGCGCCCGUGAGACGGUGCUGCGGUCGCACCUUCCUGUCGCGGGUUCAGCUCCCACUCCGGAGCAUCGCCUGGAGCGACAGCAGCAGCCCGCCCGGGCCCGCCCCCCGCAACCGCGUCCGGCAGCGGGAGGAGAAGGAGCGGCGGCUGCGGCGACGGGAGGCGGUGAUAGAGGCCCGGGGGGGCGCCGGAGGGGAACACGGUGAGCGGAAGUGGCCGGAGCUGCCGGUGAUUACAUAUGACGUUCCAACGCAUCCCGGAGAGAAGAAAGACACCUCAGUCCCCUUGCCUGACUCCUACAGCCCGCAGUACGUGGAGGCCGCCUGGUACCCCUGGUGGGAGCAACAAGGCUUCUUCAAGCCGGAGUAUCAGGCCCGCCUGUCUCAGCAAGAGGAGACCACCUUCGCCCUGUGUAUUCCACCGCCCAACGUCACCGGCUCCCUGCACCUGGGUCACGCGCUGACCGUGGCCAUCGAAGACGCUGUGGUCCGAUGGCAGCGAAUGCGGGGCCGCAAGGUGCUCUGGCUCCCGGGCUGCGACCAUGCCGGAAUUGCCACACAGGUGGUGGUGGAGAAGAUCCUGCAGCGUAAGCGUGGAAUUAGCCGCCGGGACCUGUCCCGCCACGAGUUCCUGCAGGAGGUGUGGCGAUGGAAGGAGGAGAAGGGCGAGGAGAUCUACCGUCAGCUGCGUCGCCUGGGCUCCUCGCUGGACUGGGACCGGGCCUGCUUCACCAUGGACCCGGGUUACUGCGAGGCCGUGACAGAGGCAUUUGUCCGUCUGCAUGAGGCAGGCUUGGUGUACCGCGGGCAGGGUCUGGUCAAUUGGUCGUGCGCCCUCAACUCUGCCAUAUCUGACAUCGAGGUGGAGAGCCAGCCCCUGCGUGGACGAACUCCCAUCUCGGUGCCUGGAUACCAGGAGCAGGUGGUCUUUGGAGAGCUGAUGAACUUUGCCUACCAGAUCCAGGACGGUGGGGAGGAGAUCGUCGUGGCAACCACGCGACCGGAGACCAUGCUGGGGGAUGUUGCUGUGGCAGUCCACCCUGACGACCAGCGGUACACUCACCUCCAGGGGAAGUGCGUCCGUCACCCGUUCACCGACCGGCUGCUGCCCGUCAUCGCCGACCCACUGGUCGACCCGGCAUUUGGCACAGGUGCGGUGAAGGUGACUCCGGCCCACGACCACACUGACCACCAGCUGGCCGCCCGGCACCAGCUCCCCCUUCUCACCGUCAUUCAGCAGGAUGGCACCAUGGUGGCCCAGAGCGAUGGCUGGCUGAAGGGUGUGAAGAGGUUUGAUGCCCGUCAGCAGGUAGUGACGGCGCUGUCGGAGCGAGGCCUGUUCCGAGGAUCCCAGGACCACCCCAUGGUCCUGCGGCUCUGCAGCCGGUCAAGAGACGUGGUGGAGCCCCUCCUGAAGAGUCAGUGGUACGUGAGGUGUCGGCAACUGGCAGACAGCGCGAUGUCGGCUGUGGACCAUGGAGAUCUGACCUUCGUUCCUGCCUCCCUGAACAACAUCUGGAACAGCUGGCUGUCUGACAUCAGUGAUUGGUGUGUGUCUCGGCAGCUGUGGUGGGGUCACCGGAUUCCAGCCUAUCGCGUCUCGCUCCCCGGAUCACGUGACCCCGAGGACGACUCGAGCGAGCUGUGGGUGGUGGGUCGUACGGAGGACGAGGCCCGAGGGAAGGCUGCGAGGCAACUCGGCCGGGAGGAGAGCGAGCUCACGCUGACACAGGAUGCCGAUGUGUUGGACACCUGGUUCUCCUCGGCACUCUUCCCCUUCGCGGCUCUGGGGUGGCCACGAGAGACGUCCGAUUUGAAAACCUUCUACCCCAACUUGCUGCUGGAGACGGGCAGCGACCUGAUCUUCUUCUGGGUGGCCCGGAUGGUGAUGCUGGGCCAGCGACUGACCGGGCAGCUGCCCUUCCCUCAGGUCCUCUUCCACCCUCUGGUGAGGGACGCCCACGGUCGGAAGAUGAGCAAGUCGCUGGGGAACAUCAUUGACCCGCUGGACGUGAUCAAUGGGACCUCGUUGCAGUGUCUGCAGGAGAAGCUUCAGGAGGGGAACCUGGAUCCUCGGGAGAGACACAUCGCCCUGGAGGGGCAGCGCCGGGAUUUCCCACAGGGCAUCCCGGAGUGCGGAUCGGAUGCCCUGCGCUUCGCCCUGUGCUCCCACCGGUGUCAAGGUGAAGACAUUAAUGUGGAUGUUGCCUCGUUCCUGAACGCCCGACGGUUCUGUAACAAGAUCUGGAACGCCGUGAAGUUCACCCUCUCCGCCCUGCCCAGAGAUUUCCGACCACUGCCGCUGGAUGAGGUGGAGGGGAUGGCCGCUGUCGAUCAGUGGGUGCUGGGGAGGCUGCAGCGGACUGUCGGCGUGUGUGACCACGGGUUUCAGGAGCUCGACCUGUCGCUGGUCACCGGGGCCCUGCACCGCUUCUGGCUGCACGACUUGUCCGACGUCUACCUGGAGUGCGUGAAGCCAGCUCUGCGUGAAGAAGAUGGCCGAUCUCGGGAGGGGACCCUCCAGGUCCUGCACGCCUGUGCUGACCUCUCCCUCCGCCUCCUCUCGCCCUUCAUGCCCUACCUGACCGAGGAACUGUGGCAGCGUCUGCCGGGCCAGGAGCAGCGGCCGGAGCCCAGCAUCUGCCUCGCCCCGUAUCCCAACCUUGGGUGGCUGCCGGACUGGAGCUGCCCCCAGCUGGAGUCAGACUUCCUGCUGGCGCAGGAGGUGGUGCGCGCGGUGAGGGCGGUGCGGGCCGAUUACCAGCUGACCAAGGCGCGGCCGGACCUCUACGUCUGCUGUCGGGAGGAGGAGGCCGUUCGUCUGCACCCCUUCCUCGGGCCGCUGCGGACACUGUCGCGCUCAGGACGGACGCAGUUGCUGGAUCCCGGUGUGAAGCCACCCGAGGGAUGCGCGAUGGCUGUGGUCAACCAGCACUGCCAGGUCCACCUGCAUCUCCAGGGAGCCAGGGAGCCCCGCAGGGAGCUGGAGAAGCUGAUGGUAAGACGGCGACAUCUGGAAGCUGAGCUGGAGGCAGCAGUUGGCCGGACACGGGUGGCCGGGUACAGAGAGAAGGUUCCGGAAAGGAUCCAGCUGGAGCACGCACGGAAGGCAGAGGCCAUCCGGGAGGAGUUGCAGCGAGUGAUGGAGGCAGAGAGGGGACUGGAACAGAUGCUCCGCGGCUCGAGCUGAGGAGAGACCCUGGGCCACCACACCCCUCACUGACUGCCCCACCCAGACCCAGAGGGAGAGAGGACAGUGUGUGACCCUCCACGGUACAAUGGUGUCAACGGGUCGGGUUAGGAACUGUCUCCCAGUGACCACGGCUUUGAGGGUCCAUCCCACGCUCUCUGGAUUCCCACCGCGGUCUGGUUCGCUCUGAUUUACAGUCUCCUGCAGCUGUUUGUCCGUGUGGAAUCUGCAUGGUCUGCCUGUACCUGUCUCGGUUCCCCACCCCUCCCCGUGGGUGCUGUCAUUUCCACCCCCCUCACAACAACAGGCCAGUGGGUGUGUGGGGAGGGUCCAGGAAGAAUUGAGGAAGAGUAAGGCAUUGGGCUGGAGAAGAUGGGCACUGGGACCUCCUGCGGGCUGGCAUGAUGACCUCCCAUAGAGGUGGUCAGAUUUCCACACAGACUGCUUCCAAUGUGUGCAUGUGUCCUCCAGAAUGAGUGGUGCAGAGACCCAAAGAUGUGUAACCCUGUGCGUGAAGCAAUGCCUCCUGUGUUCAGUCCUUAAACCCUGACCCCGUCCUUGCUCCCAUAUCUCCAACCUCAGGAAAUGGCCUCUCUGCAUCCCCCUCCUCCUCGUUCCCAAAGUCUGGCUUCAGUGAUCCCCCUCUGCCCCCAACUGGGCCCAGGACCUCAGGCAUCGCCCCACCGGGACGUCCCCUGCACGUGUCUUUCCCUCCCCUGUACUCCAGCUGCCCAAGGACAUCAGCCCCUCCCACAAUUAAGCUGGGUGUACAGGGACGGCCAAAGCUGCCCCCUGAGAUGUCAACCCCUCCACAUGGGCUGCCUCUGUGUUGCACAUUCCUCCAGGGAGGGUUGGGGGGGGUGGGGAGGGAGAUUUGAACUGUGCUGGUAGAUCAGGAAUUCGGGCAACGGGAUGAACCAGGGCUGGUGCAGGAGCCAAGUUUGAGAGCAAGGCAGUGGGGAAACAUUGCAACGUCGGCGCCUGGUGCUGCCCAGCUCAAAUAAAAUACGUUUCUCACAAGAGGCUCCGAUGAAAAUAUUCACUUGCAUUUUAACUAAAAACAGCACAAAAAAAUAAACAACUGAUCUUUACUGUAAACACAAGGAAUUCUGCAGAUGCUCGAAACCCAGAGUAACACACACACAGUGCUGGAGGAACUCAGCAGGACAGGCAGUAUCUAUAGAAAUGAACAAACAGUGAAGUGUUGGGCUGAGACCCUUCAUCAGGACUGGAGGGGAAGGGGAAGGA